AUGGCCGCGCGACCCAACGCUCCUAAGACUCCCACCCCAGGAUCCAGCGCCUCCUCAGGCAAGCAACCUGCUCGAUCCCUGGACGAGGAAAUGAAGGAAGCCGAGGAUUCUGACGAAGAACUCGACUUCACCAAGAAAGUCUACGGAAACCUCCAGAAGCGCAUCGAGAAGAACAACAACGACAUCGCGCAUAUGCAGGCCAUGUUCAACGACGCCGUGACGGAGCUCGAGAACAAGAACCAGCUCGCCAACAAGCUCCAACAGGAGGUUCACACCCUCCGAGCGGCCGCCAACAUCAUCCAAACCCCCAUGGAUGGACGAGAGAAACUCAAGCUCAACUCUCCCAUCACUUAUGACGGAACCCCAGGACUACUCAAGGGAUUCCUCAUCCAAGUCAAGAACUAUCAGAAUUUCCAUCAAGGAAACUUCCGCAACGGAACUGAGAGAGUCAUUCAUGCCGCGACCUUCCUGCGAGGACGAGCCCUUCAAUGGUUCGAGCCCUUCCUUGAAGAAUAUCUCAACAAUGAGACCCUCGACCAUUGUUCCAGCGAAGUUAGGGACAUAUUCGCCAAUUUCCAGGGAUUCGAAGACGCCCUGAAAUCCCUAUUUCAGGAUCCCGACGGAUCACGACAAGCGGAAAGAGACUUGGCCCACCUACGCCAGACUAAGUCUGCUACUGCCUACGCAGCAGAAUUCAGAAGACUCUGCGCCCAGCUCAAGCUCACCGAAGACACCAAGAUCUUCAUGUUCUACAACAACUUGAAGGAUGAAGUCAAGGACGAGAUCAUCAAGCUUGAUCGCCCGGAAGACUUCCUUCAGUACGCCGAACUCGCUAUCAAGAUUGACAACCGCCUCUACGAACGACGCAAGGAGAAAGGCGAAAAGCGAGCCCCAGCCAACUCGGCCAAGAAAUACCAAUGGCAACCCCAACAACGAUUCCAGCAGAACCACCCUCAACGCAACGGGCAAGCCGAGCGCCCUAGAGGAAACUACUGGCAGAACAACCAGAAUCGCAACAGCACCGCCUAUGGACACCACAUGCUACAACUGCGACAAGCCAGGACAUAUGGCUAG